AUUUGUUGGAGCUAUAGAUGAAGUUCAUGUAUGUGUUAAGGUGAAGCUUGAACUACAAAGAAUAUAUUGGAAUCGACACGAUAGAACAUCGUUUAAUAUCAUGGCAAUAUGUGAUAUAAAUAUGUUGUUUACAUAUGUUUGGAAUGGAGUACCUGGAUCGUGUCACGAUACAGCAGUUCUAACGAUGGCACAAGAUAAUGAUUCUGAAUUUCCUUUGCCUCCAAGAGACAAGUAUUAUGUAGUUGAUUCUGGGUAUCCAAAUAAACAAGGCUUUUUGGCACCUUAUAGAUCUUCGCGGAACGGAGUUGUUAGGUAUCACAUGUCACAGUUUUACAAUGGUCCUCCUCCUAGGAAUAAACAGGAGUUGUUUAAUCGAUGUCAUGCAUCUCUACGUUCUGUUAUUGAGAGGACAUUUGGGGUUUGGAAAAAAAAAUAGAGGAUUCUUUGUGAAUUUUUUAGAUAUGAUAUUGAUGUUCAAAAAAGAGUGGUAACGGCUACAAUGGGAUUACAUAAUUUUAUCAGAAUUUCGAAUUAUUUUGAUGAGGAUUUUGUUGAAGUGAUGGGAGAUACAAAUAUCAACAACGUAAAUUCUGAGAAUGAUCUUGAUGACAUGGAGAGAGGUAGUAUACCUGACGGAAAUCAUAUGGCAAAUAUAAGAGAAAAUAUUGCUGAUAUGUUAUGGGCAAAUCAAAAUACUUUCCAUUAAAUUUAAUUUGUUUUUGCUUAUGUAUUGUCUUCUUUUUUUCACUCUUAUGUGUUGUAUUUGGAUAU